AUGGAUCCUCAUUUGGCGUUUAUCUUGAUUAGAAGCUAUGAAAAAAUGAUGGCACCAAGGAGUCCCAAGGCCUCAACUCCUAAAACCACUACUGCGACUGGUGAUUUCCCGAGUUCAAUCGGUAUCGUAGAAUCUGACCGGGAUGACUUAUCUGUGGCAGGGGUGCAGCCUUUUAUAGAGCUGACGGGAGAAUGGACUCACCAGGUCAUUCUGCAACCAAAGGCCAAGUGUCCCUUGGAGACUGUACAGCAAAAAAUUGAAACGGUAUCGGAAUUGAUGCGUACACAGGUCCAGAGAGGACAGGAGACGACAUCUGUUCCCUAA